UACGGUUAAUCUAAUUAGAGUUAUCAGUAAUAAUCUUCCUCACUUCAAUCACAAUGAUUGCAUAUUUUGUACCUCUCUUCGCCCGAUAGUACGGUGCCAAUUGGAAGGCAGCUCCAUCAAAACGAUUCAAGAAUGUGACAGAGUUCAAACAACACUUGGAGCUUUGUUCGAAACCCCAGAGCAACGGAACUCACGUCGGCCGACCGGUCACCACAAUGCAAUCAAUUGCGAUCUACCAAAGUCGUUUGACGCUCAGAUUCGAGAUCAGUCGAGUUGCGGAUCCUGCUGGUAUUCCAUGACCAAUCGGACUUGCAUUGAUAGCAACGGUCGACUGACGGCUGAUUUGAGUGCUCUUGAUCUGAUUGGUUGUUGUUGUCCGUACUGUGGAUUGGGAUGUCGUGGAGGUUUUCCUGUGGAAACUGGUAUUGUGACCGGUGGUUCGCUGGAAAACCCAACCGGAUGCUCGCUCUAUCCAUUUCCCAAGUGCGAUCAUCAGGGCACGUCUAAAAAGCUGAAGACUUGCCCGACAAAAAGAUACAAUACUCCUGAUUGUCCAACUGAAUAUCAAGCUGGUUAUAACAGAACAUACGAAGAUGAAUAUCACGCGGUUCGCAUGUUCGGCUGGGGAGAGGACAACGGUGAGAAGCACGGGUUGCUUGCGAACUCUGAGAACGGUUUCUUCCGUAUUCGUCUAGGAGUGAACGAAAGUGGAAUUGAAUCUAGAAGUAAUGCAGGAGUGCCACGUGUGUGA